UCCCGAGUCACAUUAAAGAUUCGUUCAAAAUGAACGAAUCGUUCAAAAACGACACAUCACUAGUUCAGUUGGAAAAGGCGGAAAUCUGGAAUCAUUCCCAGAAUUGCUCUCCCAAUGACCUUCAACGCUCUUUGCACAAGGCAACUGCUUACUCAACUGUUUCAAGAAGAGACUUGCCAUGUGUGAAACCUCGUCAGAAAUUUAUUUUCUGUCUCUGGGAAUCUGCAGUCAGAUGCAAAAAUACUUUAUUACACACCUUUCAUUAUAACUGUCGGUUUUCUUACUGUUGGACCCUGAAUGUUUCACCAAGGAACCCAAAGACUCCAUAAGUUGUAGCUGAUAAGGAAAUCUAAAUGGCUACCAAUCUCUGUGACAAAAAAAUCCAUCCAAUGUGUUGAAGAAACCAUAAGGGAACCCAUGAAAUCUGGUGAAGAAACAUUUGCCUCCACUUUCAAACGGACUACAUAAACCUGCAUUUAACUUUAUAUGAACAUGAUUAAGUUAGGAUUUAUCCUAUCAGUUGCUUCUGUUGUCACUUUGAACUUCGAACUGUGUUUCAGUUCAUGUGCUCGUGCUGAAUAUGAGGUUAAUGGAGAAUGCUGCCCCAUGUGUGCGCCAGACAUGCAGAGACAUCAAGAAUCAGCGUAUAAAUCUCAACAACGGUGACAUGCUUAAUGCUGCAAUGCAUGCUGGGAGCCAUGGAUGAGUUUUAUACAUUUUUAUACAUUUAUACAUUUUACAGAUCAAUCCCAGUAUUUCUCUUGGCUUUUUUCAUCACAACAGCUGUUUUAUAAACACCAAGUUAACAGCAACCAGAGAAACAUUAAUGUUAAAAGUCAAGGUCAAGAGCCCAUCUAAACCAAACACUUUCCACCAUAAUGGUGACAUCAAACUUAAAAGAUUUUUAAGAAAACUAUUUUAACUUUAAGUUCAGUGUACUUAAAUCUUUAAGUUGACUGAACUAAAUUUGUAAAACUGAAUUACCAAUCCUCAAGAUUUCUAAGAACUCUUUACUAUAUGGAAGUUAGUUUUAUCAAUUCAAAAUGAUGAGUUAACUUGCUUGCUAAAUUUAAGGCAAUCAGUUUCCUUAAGCUUUUUAUGUAAACCCAACAGCUUAAUUAAGCUUUCUAAGUAAACUCACCUAAUUACGUUUUACAGUGAUUCAAUCAUAUGUUUCUUAUGAUACAAUUUGUGAUAACAAUGUGACUUUAUGACAGAGAAUAGUAGUUUACUUGUGUGGCUUAAUUUCAUUGGAAUAUUUAAUGCUUUUGUGAAGUAUUUCUUUAAAAAAAAAAAAAAAAAUUUAAAUGUUUUUAGGAAACCGUGUUGUUUGGCACUGUACUGUAGAUACCAGCACCACUUGUGUUCCAUGUUCUCCAUCAACUUACACUGAUGAGCCAAAUGGUUUAAAUAACUGCAUUCUCUGCAGUGUGUGUGAUGCAGUACAAGGACUGACACUAAAGAGAAGCUGCAUACGCACUGCAAAUACUGUUUGUGAGCCACUGGAGGGAUUCUACUGCAUUGAGAAAAAUAAAGGCAGCUGUAUUUUUGCCAAGGAACACAAUAAAUGUAAACCUGGACAAUAUAUCAAACAACCAGGAACAGCAUCAACUGAUGUUGUAUGUGGUGACUGCACAGAAGGCACUUACUCUAAUGGCUCUUUUACUACCUGUCAACCACAUACAAAAUGUGAGACUGAGGGACGUAGAGAAAUAAAACCAGGAACAAUGUUAUCUGAUGCUGAAUGUGGGAAUUCUUCUCCAGUUGGUAUCAUUGUAGGAGCCAUAGUUGGUGUUAGUGUUUUGGUGACUGCUGUCGGUAUCUCGUACUAUUUCAUAUUGAAACAAAAAAGACAGACCCCUGAAACAGAUCAAAAUAUUUACCCACUAUCAGUAGAGGAAAGUGAACCAACAUCACCAGACUCAAUGACUCAUCUUAUAUAUAUCAGUAAAAGCCAUCAGUCGUCUGUCCAGCAUCCCCACGACCCUACAUAGGACAAGCAGAAAAGAGAUGGAUGGAUUACCAUGCAUAUUCCUGCAUAUGUAUGCGCGCUCCUGUGGCAAACACGGAUUAACCCUGUAAAGUCUGUGUACAUGUACAGCCUGUUUGGAAAUUACUGUCGUGUUAAGAUCAAAUAAAUCUCCUUUGGAUGAAGAUGAUCGGAUGCUGUGGACCAACACCCCUUGAAGAAAGUUAGAUAUUGGACUCUUAUACAGUCCCUUUUUCAGUCAUACUUCAAGAACAUAAGAUUCUUGGCUGAUUAUGGUGAAGGAAAUGCAUUCUACAAUAUAUUCAGGACAAAACUGACAUCAGUUUCAGGACAAGUGUGUACUGACAUCAUGGCUCAUGGACACAGAACUUGCAUGGUACUGUGGGACAGAUAUCCACUAACUGCAGUUGUACUUGGAUUUUUUUGUUUAAAACAUCCAAACACUAACUACACUACAGGCCACUAAAACACUGUUGUUUCCAGGCUUAAGUGCACGACUUGAAACCAUUAAAAACAUGUUUUAUGUUGAUUAAAAAUUGCUAAAAUGAAA